UAAAUUAUACGCCAGUAUACACAUUCAUCUCGCGCACAGCCUCUGGAAUCUCGUGUUUACCACCCCUGCAGGCCUGCCUUGUCUAAGUUUUAAAAUAAAAGACGUUUUGUCAUAUAUCUCAUGCGCCGUGGUACCGGUUCUAUUCACGAUCUCAGUCUUCUCUCCAGCAAGUGGCAUGUAUCGAUGCAAAAUGGCCGAUUACUAUCCUUUAGAAUUUAUUUUAAGAACAAUUGCGGUAUACAUUAAAUUGCGCGUAACUAUUGUAAAUUUAUCGUAAACUCAUCGGUUUUUUUCAUCUCGCGGAUUUUUCUUUCACCAACACACGCAGUGUUUCGUAGAAAAUGUUCGCGAUCGCGAAACGUUCAGUGUAUGGUGUUUUUUAUAGUACUACAUUCGACAUUUCAAAAUGAAAUUAUUAUUGGCAUUUGGCUUUUUAAUUUGUUGUCAAGAGGCGUUUCAAGUUCGCAUUAGGCAUCGUAAUCGAGGUACUUCGCGAAAUCAUGGGAUUCAUAUGCGCGAUGAAAACGAAUUCGAUAACGAAGCAUUUGCAAAUCACACCGGUGACUGGCAAUCUCUAUUAACCUCGGAUCAAGCGAACUCGACUCCAUCGGCGUUAUAUCCAGCUCUCCUCGAUGUAGCUCCGAUCGCCGAAAUCUCAGCGAAUGCCACCUGCGGAGGUACAUCUCACGGUUCGGAGGAAUUUUGCAAACAGGGUGGAUCGUCACAAUGCAGUAUUUGUAGUAGUAGUGGAACCGAUGUUUUGAAAAAACAUCUCAUAAGUUAUGCUAUCGAUAGCGAUAGUACAAACUGGUGGCAAAGUCCGACAUUAGCCCAAGGACCUCAGUACGAAUAUGUUACCAUUACUCUGGAUCUUCGACAAACGUAUUACAUCUGGUACAUUAUAAUAAAAUGUGCGAAUUCUCCCAGACCUGAGAACUGGAUCUUGGAACGUUCCAUCGAUGGAGUGAAUUAUUCACCUUGGCAGUAUUUUAUCGGAAAUGAAGACGACUGUUGGCAAAAGUACAGUUUACCAACUACUUCAGGUGCGGCUGGUUCGUACGCUGUACAAUCAGACGAUGAAGUACUGUGUAGUACGUUUUAUUCGAAAAUUAAACCCUUGGAGGGUGGAGAGAUCCACGCAUUUAUAGCAAAAGGUCGACCCGGAUGCAUUUCCAGUUGUACUGUUCUCAGCACUAAGGAAUUGCGAGAAUUCUCGAUAGCCAGAUUCUUGCGGUUUCGAUUCCAGAAAUUCAGCCUUACUAAAGAACAACAGUCCUCGUUAUCGGAUCCAUUUGUUCAAAAACGACUGUUUUACUCGAUUAAGAAAAUAUCCAUCGGGGCUCAGUGUAUUUGUCAUGGUCAUGCUGGCAAAUGCAAACGAUCUCAUGAUAUGGUACCUUACUGCGAAUGCAGCCACAACACCUGUGGAAUCAACUGCGAACGAUGUUGCCCCCUUUAUAACCAAAUUUCAUGGAAAGAGGCCACCCACGAGACCCCAUUUAUCUGUGAACCGUGCCAAUGUCAUGGUCAUGCCACAGCCUGCAGAUACGAUUCUCAAAUCGAUGCUACCAAUUCCAGCUUGAACGUCAGGGGUGAAUAUCGCGGAGGAGGUGUUUGCAUUAAUUGCACGAAACAUACGACGGGGAUAAAUUGCGAAAAAUGUGAUUUCGGAUGGUAUAGGCCGAGUGGUGUUCGACCAGAUGAUGAUGAACCGUGUCGUCCUUGCGAUUGUCAUCAGAUCGGGUCAACUGGGUUGUGUUUGGCGGACGAUUCGUCUUUUUCGAAAACUGGAGAGAAAGCUGGCACUUGCGAAUGUUUGGAAGGUUUCAAUGGCAUGAAAUGUGAUCGAUGUGCUCCGGGAUAUUAUAAUUUCCCCAAUUGUGAAAAAUGCAACUGCGAUGCCAGCGGUACCGAGUUCUCUGAAUCGUGCGAAAAACACUGCAUUUGCAAAGCGAACGUUGUAGGUGAAAUGUGCAACAAGUGUAAACCAGGGUACUUUAAUUUAUCACCCGAAAAUCCUCUCGGUUGCAAAGAAUGUUUCUGUUCUGGAAUAUCGACCACUUGCACCGAAGCAAAAGAUUUUUACUCGACUUUUGUUCGAGAUAACGAGACGUGGUCUGUAGUCAGCUUGAAUUUCACCACUUUGGCAGUUCCUGACCCUAACGGUGAAGAGAACCUGUUGAUUGUAUCAGAUGACGAUGUAUCCGGCGAUGUUUACUAUUGGUCAGCUCCGAAACGAUUGAUUGGAAAUAUACUGACUAGUUACGGAAUGAAUUUAAUUUUAUCCAUAUCGUGGAAUGUGAGACGAGGAGAUACCAGUGGAAAAGCUGUUUUCAAUCCUGAUGUUAUUCUGAUAGGUGGAAAUGGACUCGAACUCGGUUACAAUAGCCCGAGCUACGAAAAUAAUGAGAUGAUGCUGAACAUAAAAAUGACCGAAGACGAAUGGUACUUGAUUACUGAAGAUUUGGAGAGCUUCGAUUCGUAUUCGUUCGAAAAAACAAAUCAUCGGAAAGGAGUCACUAGACGUGAAAUGCUUUCUGUCAUGUCUGAUGUUAAGCAUUUGAUUGUUCGGGCCAAGUUUCAUACUGAUCAGUCAGAUUGCAGUUUGGUAGACGCAGUGUUGGAAUUCGGUACCAAAGAGCACAAAGAAAAUAAAUCAAUCAGUUUAGAAUUAGAGCAAUGCGUCUGCCCAGCUGGAUACACCGGAUUAUUGUGCGAACGCUGCGACUACGGUUAUGUUCGUUUACCUGCUGAAGAUUCAUUCGAUCAUUUAGUCUGCUCUUUAUGCGACUGUAACGGACAUUCUCCCACCUGUAACGAAGUUACUGGACAAUGCAACAUUUGCGAACACAACACUACUGGCUCUAAAUGUGACCGUUGCGUUGACGGAUUUUAUGGAAAUGCUGAACUUGGAACAUCGAACGAUUGCCAUUUGUGUGCUUGCCCUCUUCUAGAUCCUACGAAUAAUUUCAGUCCGACUUGUAAAUUGGUGAAUAAUUCGUCGAAGGAGUAUUAUUGUGAUAAAUGCCCACCCGGAUAUGGUGGAAAUCAUUGCGAUGUAUGUGCUGACGGAUAUUUUGGCGAACCUACCAAAUUAGGAUCAAAAUGUGAACCUUGCGAUUGUGCUGGCCGAGCUUGCAAUUCAACGACUGGACAAUGCCUUAGCUGCGAAGGGAAUACCGAAGGUUGGCAUUGCGAGACAUGUAAAGAUGGAUUUUACGGAAACGCAGCUAGUAAAAAUUGCACUGCUUGCACUUGCAACUCUAUUGGAUCCGAAAGCAUAGAAGUAUGCGAUAAAGUCACCGGUCAGUGUAGCUGUAAAAUGAACUACGUUGGAAGAACUUGUGACAGGUGUUUGGACGGCUAUGGUAAUGUGGAAUCCGGAUGUAUCCCUUGUAACUGCAACAUCAUUGGUUCUCAAAACGUACUUUGUGACCCGGUAACUGGAAAUUGCCCAUGUAAGAAAGGAGUCGUAGGGGUCACAUGCGAUUCUUGUGCAAUUGACUUCUACGGAUUCCCUAGUGGAACUGGUUGUAAAGAUUGCAAAUGCAAUGAAACUGGAAGCUUAGGAACAACUUGUGAACCAAUUCUUGGCCAUUGCCCAUGUAAGAAAAAUAUCAUCGGGAGAACUUGCGAUCAAUGUGAGGAAGGAUUCUGGGAUUUGACCGAAACCGGUUGUAAACCUUGCGAAUGCGACGCCAAAGGUUCCGUUUCGCAAUUCUGCGACCUUACAUCUGGUCAAUGCACGUGUAAGUUUGGCGUGACCGGACGAAAAUGCGACCAGUGUAAGGAUCAUUUUUAUGGGUUCUCGAAUUUGGGAUGCUUCGAAUGCGAUUCGUGCGACAAACCAGGCCACAUUUGUAACAAAAACAACGGAAGGUGCGUUUGUCCUUCUCUAACCCAAGGUCCGAGUUGUGAAAAAUGCAUCCCCAGUGCUUGGAAUUACACCGAACAAGGAUGUCAGCCUUGCGAAUGUGAUAGUCACGGCAGUAAAUCUAGUCAUUGUAAAAGCACCACUGGUAAAUGCGAAUGUCGAACUGGUUUCGGUGGUGAUAAAUGCGAUACGUGUGCUAAAGGAUAUUACGGAUUCCCAAAAUGUCGUCUUUGCUCCUGUAAUCGAUCCGGAACUGAUCCUGAGACAUGCAAUGGUGAUGGUUGUAUGUGUGAUAAUAAAGGACAAUGCUAUUGCAAGGUGAAUUCAAUGGGUAAAAAAUGUGACCAAUGUAAAGAAGGAACUUUUGGUUUGCAUGAAGAUAAUAUCGAUGGAUGCACAGCGUGUUUCUGUUUUGGUCGAAGCACUUUGUGCAGUGAAGCUGGAUUGACCUGGAGUCAUAUUAGAUUGCGUCCUAAUAGAAUUCUAACCGUACAUUACGACACCAAUAACACGUCCAAUAAUUUAAGCUCGUCAGAUAUUUAUCCGGUCAAUACGCAGCAGAUUUGCUUCAUCAAUUUGGCAUUGCCAGGCGAUCAAACAGAUGUAAUAAAGACAACUUUAGGAAACUCCGAAAACAAUAUCAAGUUGAACGUGACCAAUAACCUGAGACUUAUACCUGGAGAAACAGGGGAUAUAGAAAUCGGCGUAAAUUAUCUAUUUGACGCACCUUUAUAUUGGCAAUUACCUGAGAGCUUCCUUGGAGACAGGAUAUUAUCUUACGGAGGUUUCAUUCAAUUCACAACCGAAAUUUAUGGAGGAAGUACACUUCUGCCUUCUUCAGUGAUCGCUUCGUACCCUCUGAUUCAAAUACAAGGAAAUGAUAAAUUCAUUUUGGAGUAUUUUCCCCCUCUGAUUACGUCAGAAUCGCGUCAUAAAGUCAGACUUCACGAAUCCUUAUGGAAACUAAAAAAUAACCCCACAGGUCACGUAAGCCGAGACGUAUUCAUGAUAACCUUACAAAACCUUCAGCAUAUUUUAAUCAGAGCCACGAAAUCAGUUGAUUUCACCAAAGCUACAUUGACUGACGUGUCGAUGGACAUAGCAGUUGAGAAUUUCUCACCUCUACCACCCCUCCAAUCAAUCACAUAUGGAGUAGAAUUAUGCGAAUGUCCAGUCCAGUAUCGAUCAUCAUCGUGUCAAAAUCCAGAAAUAGGAUACUACAGGUAUCAUGGGAAUAAAACCACAGUUACCUCGACUAUAGUGAUUCAAGUGGUAGGAGAAGCUAUGCCUUGUGAAUGCAACGGGUACUCUACAGUUUGCGAACCUGAAAGUGGAGUUUGUCAGAAUUGUUCGAAUAAUACAGGAGGGCCUCACUGUGAGAGCUGCGCCGAAGGAUAUUAUAAAAGUGACCAGGAUGGAAGCUGUAAAUUGUGUCCUUGCCCCACGGAGACCAAUAAUCACGCUUAUACUUGUUAUUUCCCUACAACGGUUAAUUAUUCGGUGGAAUAUGCCACUUGUUAUUGUAAAACUGGCUACACUGGAAGAUAUUGUGAUCGAUGCAAUUACGGAUGGUUCGGAUACCCUAAAUCGGAAAACGGAUACUGCGAACCAUGUAAAUGUAACACACAAGGCAGCGUUAGCGACGAAUGUCACGAAGAAACCGGUCAAUGUAAUUGCAAACCUGGCAUCACGAGCAGAGAUUGUUCCAUAUGCGAAAAAUCCCACCAAGUUCUCACCAACAAAGGAUGUCAACCUUGUAACGACACUUGUGUUCAAAUGUUGACCGAUGCUGUGGCCAAUAUGACCAGUGAAUUGGCCCAUGAUUCUGAAACUGUGCUGCAAGGCAAGUUCAACUUGCCAUGGAGUUCGUUGAACUCGUUGAAUGAAAAUUUCGACGAUGCUGAUAACACGUUUCAGAGCUAUCUGGAGUUCAUCAAACGGCUGGCUCAUUAUAAUCGAAGGAUUGAGGAUGAAUUGAAGAAAAAAGUAAAAAGUGCCAUCAAUAAGAUUAAACGAAUCUGGAAACAUAAUCAAAAUUUGAGCUCAUCCACUAAAAGUCUCAAUGAUCAAGUGAUCUCGUUCCUCAACUCUAUGAGCAAUGUUCAAGACGACGUCGCAAGUUUUAUUGAUAAUCUGAAUAAAUACGUGAGCAGUGAACGUGUAGAUUAUAAUUUAGGAGCUUAUGUGAACGAAGCUCGUUACCUACUAGCCAAUAUUAAAGACGCAAACCCUUAUAAUUUGAAGGAAAAGGCCGAAAGUACUCUAAGUUUUUGUAAAAUGGCCGACGAGAUGGUACGUAGCCAUGAAAAUAACGGACCUGGAUUGAAACUGCUCAAAAAAAGAGUAGAUAAAAUGAUGGAACGAGUCGAAGAUCUCGAUGCCAUUACAUCGAACGCUAGUUUACUCAUUCGAACGGCGUAUCGAUAUUCGUACGAUAGUCGUGAUAAACUGCAAUGGAUUCGAGAAGCUAGCGAUAAAAUAAAUCAAAUCACACUCGAUGUUUUGAACACGCAAGCAGAGACUAAUUUAGCUGCUUCGAAUACCAGUCGUUUUUUUCAACAAACCAGGCAUAAUAUUCAGGAUGUAAAUUCGUCGUUGAGAACAUUGAAAGAACUGAUUCGUUUGGUCGAAGAAAAAGAAGGUAUAUUGUUCAAUUUGAAUCCGACUUAUGCAGAUAGGUACGUCAAUCCAGCCAUCGAACAUGCGCGAGUUCUGCUAAACCGAGCUAAGAAUUACGUCAGUUUAUUCGCAGCCACCAAACAAGACGCAGAUAUUGCUCUGGGAGCCAGCACAGCUUACAGAAGAAUUGUUGACGCAUAUAAUGAAUCACGUCAAGCAUUAAAUGCGGUCAACAAAGCCAUUGACGAGCUACGAUCUAAACAAAUGUCAACUUCGAUAACCGAAAAAGCUGGUUCAAUGGAGGAGAAAUCCAGACAACUGAAAACUUUAGCUGCGAUGGAGUUAUCAGAUGUUAAUUUAUUACAAAAGCAAUUAGAAUAUCAACAGAAAUAUGUCCAUUUGGUGGAGAAAAAUUUACAAGAGAUAGUCAAAAAUGUUACCAAUAUUUCCGAUCAGUUGAUCAAUAUUAAUAGAACCAAAGAGGCCAUCAGACGAAUGAACGAAUCGCUAGAAAUGUACAAAAACUCGAUAGAAAUCCCAGACGACGUCUAUGAGAAGAUGUUCUACGUUCAAGACAAUAUCAACGAUGAAAUUAAACCAAAAUUGCAAAGGAUUAAAAACUACGGUGAAAUAAACAUCAAACCUACCGAUGAAAUGAAAAUCAAAGAAAUCGAAGAAGCUACGAUGGAAAUGUCGACACGAUUAAAUUCGUUGAAAACUUCCUUCAAUAAACGUACCAAGUACUUCGAAAAAUGGAAUUCUACCGUAGCUAGUCAACUAGCAGCAUUGAGGAGUAAAAUCGAACAAGCUAAACAUAUAGCUAAUGGAGUACACGUAUCUUUAUCGAGUAAAAAUGGUCAAGAACUAUGCAUGCGAAGCUACCAAUCGAAAUAUUUGAAACCUAGCAUCACAAACUACAUCUCGAUCACUUACGCGAUCUCAUCUCAUCAUCGAGACUCUUUAUUAUUUUAUUUAUCCAGCUCAACCAGCGGAGAUUUCCUAGCGGUUGAAAUGAUCAAUCGUAAAAUUCGAUUCGUUUGGGAUGUCGGCGGAGGCCCCACAGAACUAAUCCAUCCUCUACAUAUUCAAACCGCCGGAGAUUUGCAAAAAGAUCAACACUGGUAUAAAAUAGAAAUCCGAAGAAUUGCCAACGUAGGUAAAUUAUCGGUUCGUCCUGUGACCUCGAAUUCAGCCCUGAAUGGAUCUCCUGUAACCAAUUCUUCGGUAUCGGGAUGGAGUAGAUUAGAUAUCAGCACUAAUGAUUUAAUUUGGAUCGGUGGCAGUGGUAAACCGGUUUCGCCUUAUUUGCUGAGUAAGCAAAAUGGCCUGAUUGGUUGCCUCUCUCAAGUGAUAUUUGACAAUAAACUAGUCGGUUUGUGGAAUUUUAAAUCGGAAACUGUGGGAAGUUGUGUAGCUUGUGUUGAAGGAACUGAAGAAAUCAUAGAAGACGAUUCGUACCAUUUUACCGGAGAUGGGUAUUCUGUAUUGAAAGGGCAUGGGUCGUCUGUUUAUAAUAAAUACGUGUUUACUGCGUCGUUUAAUUUUAAAACAUACGACGAGAAUGCUGUUCUGUUCUACGCUGUGGCUUCCAAACCGGAGCAAUUUAUAUCGAUCACGAUGAAAGACGGACGUGUCUUGGUGCAAAUCGGAUACAGAGAGGAUUUAAAAUUAGAGAUUAGAACAACGAAUCGUUACACAACAGGGAACUGGACUCAUGUUGAAAUGGUCAGACAGUACGAUCGUAAAAAGAAGUUGGAAAAAGUCGCUUUGAAAGUAGGCAGUGAAUUAAAAGAAGGAAUUCCAGCACCGUCCUCACCGGCUCAAAACGAUAUACCUGAUUUAUCUACACCUCAGUUUUUCAUCGGAGGCUCGCCUCCUGGUUUUGAAACCAUAGUUCCUCUUCCUGGACCCUUCCUCGGGUGCAUAUCGGACGUGCAGAUUAAUCAAGAAGCGUAUAAUUUGUUACGAGGGCAGUAUUGGGGUGUGCAGAAAGCCUGUUCCAAUACACCCGUAACGGUGGUCGGAUUCCAAGGGAAUGGAUACUUGGAACUGGGAUCAUAUCCGUUGCAGAAAAGCUCUUCAUUUUAUUUCGUUUUCUCGACCAAUCAGCUCGAUGCAUUUUUAAUAUUGAGUACAACUGAAGGUUUUCCGGAAACUGUUGGUAAAGAAGAUGGUGAUGACGAAUCUGAGACAAACGCCAUACACUACUAUUCUGUAGCACUACGAGAAGGACGAAUCGAACUAGUCGUGAAUGUUGGAACCAAGGAUACCAAAUUAAUUUCAAGAGGUGAUAUGAACUACAGCGAUGGUCAAUUCCACGCUGUAAACGUAAUAAAAACUGGAAAACGAUUGGAAUUGAGAGUGGACGACAUUAUUCAAGCGAUUGGAUUCAUGCCCGAAGAUGGCUCGUCAACAAUUCGAGCUGCAGGAGUCAUAGGUGGAUUAUUCCUAGGAGGGGUACCAUCUGAUAUUACUUUCAAUGUGACUUCUGUUUCGGAUAUAUUUUUAUUUGGAACGAUUAAAGAUGUGAUAUUUGACGAUAGAUUAAUUCACUUUGCUCGACCAGUCGAAUUUGAAAGAGCACUAAUCGGUAGAAUAGGACCCAAAAUGUCCGCUUUUGAAAGCGAUGCUGCAGCUCUAACCCAAAGUACUCAAGGCGCCACAGGAGCCAACAGCUGCCAGAAAUCUUAUACAUAUUCAGUGCAACCAUUCGCAGUUCAAUUUGGCGAUCUACCUAAAAGUUACGUGAGAUUGGAUUACGAUCGUUAUGUGUUCCAUCAGAAAAACUCCACUAUUGAAUUGACCUUCCGAACGUUUUAUUUGGACGGUGUCUUGUUGAUGAUUCCGGGUUCUGACGAUAAACAAGAUCACUAUCUGAAAGUAUUCCUAUUCGGUGGUAAAAUCAUUGUACUAAUUAAGGGUAAACGGAGACUCGAAUUACAAAUCGAAACAUCCUACGAUGAUGGUAAUUGGCAUAAUCUAAAACUAGUCAGAGACGGUAAAAAUCUACACCUGUUUGUCGACAAGUCUCAUUCUCAAAAAGUUGCCAUACCAAAAAAACUACACUUUCAAAACACGUUGUUCAUCGGUGGAUUUUCCAACGAUAUACGCAUCUUUGACCCGGUGUUCGAUAAAAUCGAAGCUCUCAAAGGAUGCAUUAAAGAAGUAAUUAUUAAUGGUAAGAAAGAAGAUUUAGUUGGUGACAGAGCUAAACACCAUCAUGUCGGUCAGUGCUUCCCAAAUGUCGAACGAGGAGCGUAUUUUUCCGGUGAUUCUUACGCAGUUGCUGUGACUAAUUUCUCGAUUGGUACAUCUCUGCAAUUCGAAUUGGAGUUCAGAACGACUGAAAUGAAUGGAAUUCUUAUGCUACAUUCGGAACCAGAUGGAUAUCCUUCCAUUUCAUUGGAACUGAUCAAAGGAAAAGUGGUACUCAAUGGUGAUAUGGGUGAUAGACGACCAUUCAAGGUGGAAUUAGAAUUUUCAUCUAUUUACCAUCUGUGUGAUAACGAAUGGCAUCAAGUUAAGGUGAACUUUGUCGAAGAAGAGAUAUCAUUGCAUGUGGAUAACACGAGCAAAAUGUAUUGGUUAUCUGAUAACGGUCAUAUUACCGAAGCACAUACCAAUAGUCCUUUGUAUAUUGGAGGCAUUCCAGAACACGCUGCCAAGAAAAUCCACGCUAAUAAAGAGAAUUUCAAAGGAUGUAUGAGAAAUGCAUUCAUGCGGGGAUCUAAACUAGAAUGGAUCGAGCUUCCUACCACUCAUAAUGUCCUGCUGAGCUCAUGUCCUGUUUAAUUAUGUUCGCGGAUAAUUCUUCUAUUUUAUUUUAUGUUGUGCCAAAGUAUGCUGCUGCAUAUACCAUUGUUCCUGUAAUUUUUAUACCUUUUUUUAAAAAAAUUAAUUUAUCGACAUGAAAUAAAUAUUUUUUUGAGUA